AUGGAGUAUGCACAGCGAGACUUUCCGCUAAAAUUCCGACCUGUCAUCGCUCAAACUCCUGACCUCGGACUAUGGACUCACCCUUACGCCUUUCGACCCCCCAACCACACAUGGUCCUCUAAAGUCUUGCAGCAGAUGGUCAUCCAAAUCCACGGGUUCCAGUGGAACCAGUUGGUUACACAGGGACAGGAGCGCUAUUACGAGACUUGGCAAGAGGACAGUGGAUGGGAUGCCAAAGCAGGUCUGGCACGAGAGGAGGUCAGCGCCCGCAUGGCAGUGUGGCAGUGUAGUUUUGAAGCUGCGCGAGGUGACACGAUAGGAGACUUGUACUUGGAAUGGGGCGCCAAGAUCAUCUGCUGCCUCACUAAGGAGCUAGAUGUCAGAUUGGGGGGUCUAUCUGUGUACGAUGAGGCUCACCGCAAUGUAGAUUUACCAUUCCAACGUCUAAACAUGCGUUAG